CCCCUCUGUCUCUCUCUCUCUCUCUGGUCACAUGUUGCGCGUAUGUUGCGUAUCAGGCUCAAAGUGUUUGUUGCCAGCAGCUGAAAGCAGCAGAUCAGACCGAGGACACUAGAGGAAUGGCCUCUGAACGCGAUGAAUCCAACUCAACCAGAAAUCUGACCAACCAGUUCGUGCAGCCCGCGUGGCGCAUCGCGCUGUGGUCGGUGGCUUACAGCACGGUCCUGUUGGUGGCAGUUUUCGGAAACUUGAUAGUGAUUUGGAUUAUUCUGGCACACAAGCGAAUGAGAACUGUCACCAACUAUUUCCUGCUGAACUUGGCUUUCUCUGAUGUCUCCAUGGCUGCCUUCAACACGCUCAUCAACUUCAUCUACGCGGCGCACGGAGAAUGGUACUUUGGAGAGGUUUACUGCAGGUUUCACAACUUCUUCCCGGUCACUGCUGUGUUCGCCAGCAUCUACUCAAUGACCGCGAUAGCCAUCGACAGGUACAUGGCCAUCAUCCACCCUCUGAAGCCCCGUCUGUCGGCGAAGGCCACCACAGGAGUUAUCGUGUGUAUCUGGAGUCUGGCCGUGGUUCUGGCCUUUCCUCUCUGUUACUUCUCCACCACGCGGGCUCUGCCCCGCAGGACACUCUGCUACGUGGCCUGGCCCCGCAUGGCGGACGACCCCUUCAUGUAUCAUAUCAUAGUGACAGUUCUGGUGUACGUGCUGCCCUUAGUGGUGAUGGGCAUCACUUACACCAUCGUAGGUGUGACUCUGUGGGGAGGGGAGAUCCCAGGAGACUCAUCUGAUAAUUACCACAGACAGCUCAUCGCUAAAAGGAAGGUAAACGCCACAUUUCUUUAA